UCCCUAACGCGUGGCGCUGUGGACGAGAUUAUCGGCCGAACGAAGCUAAAGGUGUCACCACCAUUCAAUUCGAGUGAUUGUUUAUCUUUAUGCAGCAACAGUUGGUUUUUAAAUGUUCUACUGAUUGUUGCAUCGUACUGUGAUCGUUUAAUAAUUAUAAUCUUGAAACAUGUACGGGAGAAAAGCUGCUAAACUUAUAACAGAAUUAGAUUUAGGCUCUGACAUACAACCGUUCAAUGAGCACUUAGUUAAACAAGUUUUGGCUGAAAUGCAUUUUCUCUACGAUGCAAAUAUGACUGAUAGCAAUGCUGCUAGGAACGAUAAUAACAUGGCUUUAUUGCCUUCGGUGCAACUAAGACACAUAGCACUGACGAGAAAUAAAAGAUGUGUCCUAACAUACAUUUAUAACAGAAUGAGGAAAAUAAGGGAAUUACGGUGGGAGCUAGGUAGCAUCUUGCCAUCAGAAAUAAAUUCCAAUCUCUUGAAUGCUGAAGUUCAAUGGUUUCAGUCGUACAAUAGAUCUUUGGCCACGUAUAUGAGAUCUCUGGGAGAUGAUCAAGGAUUUAAUCUAACAACGAAUAUCUUGCCUCCAAAAACUCUUUAUGUGGAGGUGAAGUGUGUAGCAGACUUUGGAAAGUUGGAAUUGGAAGAUGGGGAAGUUAUCUUGCUGAAGCAAAACACGUAUCACUUAUUACCUAGAGCCGUGUGCGAACCUCUCAUAAGACAGGGUAUACUUGAACACAAUAGUACAUAACAUGUACUUCUCAAUUUUGUAAUCAACAACGUUCGCUUGAAAAAUAUACGAAUUAUAUUUGUAGGA